GGGGAAGGAGGAAGAAAGGCGAGCGACCUGGCAAGCCGGCGGGGUCCUGGCUUUUACCCGCAGAGCCAGAGCCUGGGCGCGUGCUGCAGAGGCGGGUCCCGGCGCGGGUCCGAGCAGCUGGACUCACAGUUUCGGGGCGCAGUCGUCGCGGGGGGCGGAGGCGGGGGCAGCCGCGGGGGUUCCCGGAGGCGUGUCCGUGGCCCAGCAUGGCGCCCCCGCCCUGAGCCCGCCACCAGCAGACCACGGACGGACGGACUGACGGACGGAGGACAGACGGACAAACGGACGAUGCGGGCGCUGGUCUGGCUGCUGCUGGCCGGCGCGGUGCGGGCGCUGCCGCCGGGGAGCGCCCCGAGGACCGGACGGCGGCGCUGCGCCGAGCGGCCCGAGGCGCUGUUGGAGCCGCUGUUCGGGCGGCUGGCGGCUGGCGUGCUGGGCGCCUUCCACCACGCGCUGCAGCCGGGCCCGCGCGCGCGCAACGCCAGCUGCCCGGCUGGGGGCGCCGCCCUGCACCCGCACCCGCCCACGCACCUGCGCAGCGUGGCGCCCUGGGCCUACAGGAUCUCCUACGACCCGGCGCGCUACCCGCGGUCCCUGCCCGAGGCCUACUGCCUGUGCCGGGGCUGCCUGACUGGGCCGCGCGGCGAGGAGGACCCGCGCUUCCGCAGCACCCCGGUCUACAUGCCUCUGGCGGUGCUGCGGCGCACGGCGGGCUGCGCGGGUGGCCACGCGGUCUACGCGGAGGAGUAUAUCAGCCUGGCGGUGGGCUGCACCUGUGUGCCCGCGCCCGCCAAGGACGCGCUGGGCCUCAACUCCAGCCUGGACAAGCAGGCCGGCCACAGGCCCUGAGCGGCCCCAGCACCUCCCCAGGCCUGGACCUCGGUCCCAAUGAGGGAGGAGCCCAGCACACCUGUUUGCAUCGCAGGAUUCAUACCUACGCAGACUCCACUUUUUACAACAGGAGCUCUUCUAAGCACUUACACCGGAAAAGGUUCCACUUGGCAUGCAAGCAUCUCGCUAAGGUUUCUCUCUCUGUGUCUCUGUCUCUGUCUGCCUGUCUGUCUGUCUGUCUCUCUCUCUCUUUUAAAUCAGUGUCCAGACUUUAUUUUUCCCUUUCUUUUAUUAGGGCAGAGAGAAACUGAGAGGGGGACAGAGAAAAAAAAAAAAAAAAGAGAGGCCUGGAGUACUGCUUCGACUGCUUGUGAAACUCUCCCUGCAGAUGGGGACCAGGGGCUUGAACCUGUGUUCUUGUACAUGGUAGCAUGUGCACUUAACUUGGUGUACCACCACCCCGCUCCUUUUCCUUCUUUUUUUUUUUUUUUUUUUAAGAUAGGGAGAUAGAGACAGAGAAGGUGACAAAGACCACAGUACCAAAGCUUCCUUCAAUGUAGUAAGGGCCCUGCUCAAACCUGGUUCAUGCACAAGGCAAUGCUGGCCUACGUAGAGCUUUGCUGUUUGGUUUUUGCAUAACCAUUAUGCUAUCUACCCUCCACCCAUCUUUUUUUUAUUUUCCCCCUUCUGGUAGAAUUUUCUAGAAGAAAUAUGAGUGUCAUUCUCAGAGCAGCUCUUUCUACCGGGCACCACAACCUGGUCUCCGUACUCACCUGCCUCUCCAGCCCCCUCACCAAGCCUUCUCCAGGGUGGGGAAGGGAAGGAAGCACAGCAGACUCCAUGACCUCAGAACCUGGUAGCCGACUCGUGCAGCCUCAUUCACCAAUCCGGCAUAAAGGCGGCAGAUGCACACUGCAACCUCAUGUCUUUGCUGCUGGAACCCUGUGGACGGUCGGGAGUGUGGUGUGAUGAGACAUGGGAGGCGUUCCUGGACAGGUCUCGAAAAGAAUCAGAGUCUGGGAUGAAUGUUAAGGGCAUUGGGGAGAAGCCAAGAAGGAGGAGAGAUGUUUGUGAUUCACCAGUUCCAGUUGGGACUGAAGGCCACUGGGCCCUGUGUUGCAGUGAGAGGUUAUUCUGUCUAGAGGCUGAAACCCAGCUUUAACAGGGUUUCUUGUGGAAGUGAGAAGCUCUUCCUGACAAGAAAGCAGUAGUGCUGAAGGGCUGGAUUGGGAUUCCAUGGCCUUUUGAUGGGGUGUGGUGCUAUUAAAGGCUGGCUCUACCAUCA